AUGAGUCGUCGUUACGGAACAUAUGGGGAAGAAGAAACAGAUUGGAGGCCUAUAGCCCACAAGGGAUUCUCCUCAAUAGUAAUCUGUUUUUGCCAAAGCGGCUUCAACUUUCUAAUGUGCCUCCUCAUAGUGGAAUACUUCAUGGAACCAUCAUUGUUCAUAACUUGUGACAAAUCAAGAGAUGUAGCUCAUGAACUUUCAUCCAUGGUUUGGCUUGCUGUUAUUGAUAAUUUGGAAGAAAACCACCACACCUUUUGCUUACUUAAACACCUUGCACACGGAGGGGAUCAGGUUUUUCUUCCACAUAUCCUUACACUACAUCUGUCAAAGUUCAAUGGAGGGUGUUCGAGAAACUUUUUACUGAUUUUCGUGAUUGCUUCAACCAUUUAG